CCAGUCUAUUGCAGAAUUCUAACUUUCACUUCGACGGUAAAAGGAUCAUGAACACAAUGUUUAAAAUUGGGGGUGGUCUGAUUGCAUUUGGAAUUGCUACAGAAAUCGUGUACCAGGUAUAUUUGCGAUGGAAGGGUAAACGAAAAGAUAAGGACCCACAGAUCAUAACAGAUGUGCUGUUUUUCCCAGACAAGAGAGUCGCGUGUCUGGAUUUUUUUCACAAACCGAAAGGCUGUGCGAAUAAGAACUGUCGGUAUUCACACAGUGACAACUCUCUCAGUGAACUGUACAGACAUCUGAGUAGCGCCAAGAAGUGCCUGGACGUGUGCGUGUACACGAUAUGUUGUAAGGAGCUGUGCGAUAUUCUCAUAUCGCACCACAAGAGGGGAGUGGCGGUACGCGUCGUAACGGACAACGAUCAGCUCAAUCUGACAGGGGCCCAGGUCUGGAGACUGCGAUCUGAAGGAGUUCCAGUAAGGACAGGUAACUCUUCCUACUACAUGCAUCACAAGUUUGUGAUUGUUGACCGUGAACUGCUUCUGAAUGGUUCCUUCAACUGGACACGACAGGCCAUCACCGGGAACCAGGAGAAUCUUAUUGUGAUGAACAUACCACAUGUUGUGAACAAGUACCUGGGUGAAUUUGAGAAACUGUGGGUCGAGUUCAAUCCUGCAAACGUUCACAAGUCUGAGCUGCAUGCAGAGGCCAAAGUGCAAUUGGUUAACGGUGAAGAAAAGUGGUAAUCUAGGGCUCAAAAUAACGACCUGCAAAAAACCAAAAAGCAGUCCAUUUGUAGACCUAGUGGAUGAAAUAGAAAUUCAUCUGCUAAAACCACAAAAAGAAAACUGCAUGUCAUUGUUCAAGAGAUAGAUGUACGUACGAUUACCUCACCUGUUCUUAAUUCCAUAAUUCUCUAAAAUACAUCUCAAAAGCAGGGUUGGAAAUUCUCCUUGGAUCCGCGGUUUUCCUCUCAUGGAACAUUGCAUUUCCUCGCAUUUUAAUAGUCCUCGCCCCCGGACCCCUCUAGAUUUCCUAAUUUUUACAGUUCAUCACCCCAGACCCCUCUAGAUUACCUUUUUUUACAGUUCACCACCCCGGACUCCUCUAGAUUACCUCUUUUUUUUACAGUUCACCAAUUCCCACCCCUGCAAAAGACCUAGGCUAAUUUUUCACAUACUGUCCCAAACCAUAACCUGACCCGGUGUUGUUUUAUUUCCAGCAAACCAUACUGUUUUCUUAGCAGUACAUAUUUCUUUUGACAUACUAUUUAAAAACACAAAACCAGCAGGCUACAUUUUACUUCCUUCUCCACGAGUACUCGGUUGUGGAUGGAGUCUAGCAAGACUCGAGCCCGUUCACAGUAUUUGAGUACUCAUGCAAGGAAAAGCACUCAAGUUUUAAUUUUUUUAAUUUUUUUACAUAAUUUUGCUAUACUUGCCACCGGUUACAUUGUAGGGCUAUAAAACAUGGAGGGAAAACAAAAGCCUAAUGUGUGGAAUGAAAUACAAUGGGAUAAUUUGGCAUUCAUGUUCAGCACAGGAAUUAAGAUGCACAAUGCUAUUUUACUUUAUUACCUAGUCUCGUGUAACUGUUGGGUACUUUGGUCUGGGUUGAGUAUGACCCUGGAGUACCCAAGUCCAAUAUUUUGGACUCGUGGAGGCCUUAUUUUGAGCCCUGUAAUCCAUUAUUAGUAUUAAAGCUUGUUGAAUAAAAUCAGUUAAAGCCGCUACCUCAGUUAUACAGCCACCUAUGUAAAGAUGCUGUAUUUGUAAAUCAAGAAAAUGACUGUAUAAAGCAAUCACCUGUUUUUAGUAGUUAAUGUGUUUGAAUAGUUAGAUAUUAUAUCUUUGUUAUUUUUGAUGGAUUAUAUAUAUGUAAGAUAAAAAUAAUAGUAGGACAAAUUGUGAAUUCAGCUUUGGUUCCCUUGCAGAGUUUGUCAUUCUCACCUUUACAGAAUACAGCCGAAAACAUAAGCCAUUAAAGGGACUUUCCUGAGUUUGCUGCAAUUUUUAAGAUGUUAUUGACUAACAGAGACUUUUUAACAUUUGAAAUUACAUAUCAAAUGUAUUUUUCUGCAUAAAGUAUUAGUGGCUG